AUGGCGGCUCUCAUGCAGGAUCCCGGCGAAAAGUCCCUUGACAAGCUUCUUGCGACGCUAACCACUGUUGCGCACCCCGAGACGUACGUCUUUGCUGCUCUCGACAAAACGGCAGACCUGCCACCGCUCGCCGAGGUACAGCUGCUCUUCCGCGAGAGCGAAGCUGUCACCGUCAUUGUCCGCAAGACAUACGCCGAAGACAACCAGAUCGACUACUUUUUCCCCAGUAGGAUGAUCACGCUCAACGUCACGUCGAGCCUCGAGGCCGUGGGCUUCAUGGCCGUCAUCGCGACGCGGCUAGCGACGCUCGGCAUGGGCGUCAACCCGGUCAGCGGUUUCUAUCACGAUCACUUGUUCGUGCCCGAGGGCAGGGAGGCGGAGGCGGUGGAAGAGCUCAAGAAGCUGGCGGAAGAAAAGAGACGAGAAUUAGAGUAG